AUCAGCUUCCCCCAGCAUCCAACUCCCUUCCCUCGCCCAAGCGUCAAUACCACCGAGCACUCAGCCACUCACCCAUCAGGCCAUCACACACGGACACGGCACACAGCGCGAAGAGAAGAGAAGAGAAGAGAGGAGCGCAUACAGUCAGCAGCAACAAUGGUGAGGGCUCCUUGCUGCGAGAAGAUGGGGCUCAAGAGGGGGCCGUGGACGGCGGAGGAGGACAUGACCCUGGUGGCUCACAUCGAGCAGCACGGCCACAGCAACUGGCGGGCGCUGCCCAAGCAGGCCGGCCUGCUGCGCUGCGGCAAGAGUUGCCGCCUCCGGUGGAUCAACUACCUCCGCCCCGACAUCAAGCGCGGCAACUUCACCGGCGAGGAGGAAGACGCCAUCAUCCAGCUCCACGCCAUGCUCGGCAACAGAUGGUCCACCAUUGCCGCCAGGCUUCCUGGGAGGACGGACAACGAGAUCAAGAACGUCUGGCACACACACCUCAAGAAACGGCUCCAGUCCUCGUCCAAGCCGUCCGGCCAGGCAGCGCCUAAGCGCAAAGCCAAGAAGCCUGCUGUGGCUACGAGCGCGCUCGAGGGCCCGACCUCCCAGCCGGCGUCGUCACCGGGGCAGUCCCUCCCGAUGUCGCCGGAGCAGUCCCUCUCGACGUCGUCCGCCACCGACAGCUCUUCCUCGGAGUCGGAGGAGUUCCAGAUUGACGACAGCUUCUGGUCGGAGACACUGGCGAUGUCGGUGGACAGCUCCGGUUCCGGGCUGGAAACCAGCGACACAUUCGGCGCAGAUAGUGCAUCGCCGUCGUCGAGCAACGAUGAGAUGGACUUCUGGGUCACGUUGUUCAUGCAGGCUAGUGACAUGCAUAGUUUGUCACAGAUUUAAUGAGAAGAUUUGGCCAUGUUCGUA